ACAUACGGGUCCUCGUGGCGUUCCCGGGCAGACGUGCUGUAGGAUUGUAUGUGUUGGAGUGCGGAUGGACGAAGACGCUUUCUUAUAAUUCCGCAAGAAAAUCUCGACACCCCUGAAUUUCGUUGUGACCAGUAAGACACCACGAUGCCGGCGUAUUUCCAGAGACCGGAGAACGCUCUGAAGAGAGCUAACGAGUUCCUCGAAGUUGGUAAAAAGCAGCCUGCUCUUGACGUCCUUUACGAUGUCAUCAAGAGCAAAAAGCAUCGAACAUGGCAGAAGAUUCACGAGCCCAUCAUGCUCAAGUACCUGGAGCUCUGCGUGGACCUGCGCAAGAGCCAUCUGGCCAAGGAGGGCCUUUACCAGUACAAGAACAUCUGUCAGCAGGUGAAUAUCAAAUCCCUUGAGGAUGUGGUUCGUGCCUACCUGAAACUCGCAGAGGAGAAGACCGAGACUGCCAAAGGGGAGUCUCAGCAAAUGGUGUUGGAUAUCGAGGAUCUGGAUAACAUUCAGACCCCAGAGAGUGUGCUGUUGAGCGCUGUGAGUGGAGAGGACACUCAGGAUCGUACUGAUCGUUUGCUGCUCACUCCUUGGGUGAAAUUCUUGUGGGAGUCUUAUCGCCAGUGUCUGGACCUGCUAAGGAACAACUCCAAAGUGGAGCGUCUUUACCAUGACAUUGCGCAGCAAGCUUUCAAGUUCUGCCUGCAGUACACUCGCAAGGCAGAGUUCCGUAAAUUAUGCGAUAACUUGCGCAUGCACCUUGGACAGAUCCAGAGGCACCAUAACCAGAGCACAGCCAUCAAUUUAAACAACCCCGAAAGCCAGUCGAUGCAUCUGGAGACUCGGUUGGUGCAGCUGGACAGUGCUAUCAGCAUGGAGCUCUGGCAGGAAGCUUUUAAGGCAGUGGAGGACAUCCACGGUCUGUUUGCCUCCAAGAAACCCCCCAAACCUCAACUGAUGGCAAACUAUUAUACCAAGGUGUCCACUGUGUUCUGGAAGUCUGGUAAUGCGCUUUUCCAUGCCUGCACACUGCACCGCCUAUACCAUCUCUCCAGAGAAAUGAGGAAGAACCUCACCCAGGAGGAAAUGCAGAGGAUGUCGACUCGUGUGAUUUUGGCCACUCUGUCUAUCCCCAUAACCCCGGAGCGUACUGAUAUCGCACGUUUGUUGGACAUGGACGGGAUUAUUGGGGAGAAGCAACGCAGACUGGCCACUUUGCUCGGCCUGCAGUCGCCACCCACCCGCAAGAGCCUCAUCAACGAUAUGGUGAGGUUCAAUUUACUCCAGUACAUCAGCUCUGAUGUCAAAGAGCUGUAUAGCUGGCUGGAGGUGGACUUCGACCCCCUCAAACUAUGUGCACGUGUCACCAAGGUUCUGGACUGGGUCAGGGAUCAGGCAGAGAAUGAGCCUGACCUGCAGCAGUACAUUCCUCACUUACAGAACAACACCAUCCUUAGACUUCUGCAGCAGGUGGCUCAGAUCUAUCAGAGUAUCGAGUUCAGCAGGCUGGCUUCUCUUGUGCCGUUUGUGGAUGCCUUCCAGCUGGAGCGCGCCAUCGUCGAUGCUGCACGUCACUGUGACCUGCAGGUCCGUAUGGACCAUACGUCCAGAACCUUAAGCUUUGGCUCGAAUCUGAACUACUCUACUAAAGAGGACGCCCCAGUGGGACCUUUCCUGCAGAACAUGCCUUCUGCACAGAUCCGUAACCAGCUCACGGCCAUGUCUUCUGUUCUGGCCAAAUCCAUUCAGAUCAUCAAACCCCCCUCCAUUCUGCAAGAACGAGAGGAGCAGAGUCAGCUGGCCAUCACUGCCUACCUUAAAAAUACCCGUAAGGAGCAUCAGCGCAUCCUGGCUCGCCGCCAGACCAUCGAGGAGCGCAAGGAACGUCUGGAGAGCCUGAACAUCCAGCGUGAGAAAGAGGAGCUGGAGCAGCGUGAGGCCGAGCUCCAGAAGGUGCGCAAGGCAGAGGAGGAGCGCCUGCGCCAAGAGGCCAAGGAGAGGGAGAAAGAGCGCAUCAUGCAGGAGCACGAGCAGAUCAAAAAGAAGACCGUGCGUGAGCGCCUCGAGCAAAUCAAGAAGACCGAGCUGGGAGCCAAAGCAUUUAAAGACAUUGAUAUUGAGGACCUGGAGGAGUUGGACCCUGAUUUCAUCAUGGCCAAACAGGUGGAGCAGCUUGAAAAAGAGAAGAAAGAGCUGCAGGAGCGCUUAAAGAAUCAGGAGAAAAAGAUCGACUACUUUGAAAGGGCGAAACGGUUAGAGGAAAUCCCCCUGAUUAAAAAAGCCUAUGAAGAGCAGCGCCUCAAAGACAUGGAGCUGUGGGAGCUCCAGGAGGAGGAGAGGAUCAGCAACAUGAAAGUGGAGCGUGAGAAGGCUCUCGAGCACAAAAUGAGGAUGUCCAGGAUGAUAGAGGAUAAGGAGAUCUUUGUGUCAAAAAUAACAGCUGCACGAAGCUCCAUCUAUGAGGAAAAACUGAAGCAAUUCCAAGAGCGCUUGGUUGAGGAGAGGAAGAAGCGUCUCGAAGAGCGCAAGAAGCAGCGCAAGGAAGAGCGACGAAAUACUUUUUAUCGCCAGAAGGAGGAGGAGGCUCAGAGGAUCGAGGAGGAACAGCUGAAAAAGGAGCGUGAGGAGCGUGAGCGUCAGGAACAGGAGCAGAGGGAGGAGGAGGAGCGCGAGUACCAGGAGCGCCUGCGCAAGCUGGAGGAACAGGAGAAGAAGCAGCGAGCCAGGCAGCAGGAAAUUGAGGAGCGUGAACGCCGCAAGGAGGAGGAGACACGAAAACCCCAGGAGGAGAAGUCUAGCAAACAGGACUGGGCUGAAAAGGAGAGUGAGAGUGGCUGGAGGAGGCGUACAGAGACCACUGAAUCGGAGUGGAGGCGCCCUGUUACUGACGGAAGUGCGAAGGAAUGGCGUCAGGAAGGCCGCGAAGAUAAUGAGCGUGAGGAGCGCGAGCCUCCCUUCAGAAGAAGUGGAGAGGGUCCCCGAAGAGGCCCUUCAGAUGACCGGGGCCUUCGUAGGGGCUUUGAUGAUGACCGUGGACCCAGAAGAGGGUUUGAUGAUGAUCGCGGUCCCAGGCGUGGCUUUGAUGAGGACCGUGGACCCAGAAGAGGUUUUGAUGAUGAUCGCGGUCCCAGGCGUGGCUUUGAUGAGGACCGUGGUCCCAGGAGAGACGAAGAGCGUGGGCCUCGACGCGGUAUGGACGACGAUCGUGGACCUAGAAAGGAAUAUGAUGAUGAUCGUGUGCUUCGGCGGGGCAUGGACGAGCCUAGAAGCUCCAGACGUGGUGCUGACAACGACUGGGGUCCUAGGAGAGGUGGCGGCGGUGAAGAUGAAAGAGGAGGCAGGAGAGGUGGUGACGACUCCAGUACUUGGAAACCUUUGGGCAGAUCAGGUGGAUGGAGAGAGAGAGAGAAGGCCCGUGAAGAGAGCUGGGGUCCUUCACGUGACUCUGGUGCUCAUGAUGAUGAUCAUGAAGAAGCUGAGCAUCAUGAUGGAGAUCGUUUUGGAGAGCGUCGUCCCCCCAGGGAGGAAAAUGCUUGGAGAAGAGGCGGAUCUGAUGAACCCAGCAGUUGGCGUGAUAGUCGACGUGAUGACUUUGAUCGCAGCGAUCGGCGUGAAAGGAGUGACAUCAGAGAUCGUCGAGACGAUCGUGAUCGUGAUCCCAGGCCCUCAAAUCGAGAAAACGAUGGAGGCGGAUCCUGGCGCCGUGGUGGAGAAGACCGUCAGGACGACCGUAAGGAAGACCGUGACGGUCCUUCGAGACCUCGUGACCGCGAUGGGGAGCAAAGCUCAUGGCGCUCCGAGAAAGAAAAAGACAUCCCACGUCGUACAAAGAACGAGACCGACAAUGACGGCUGGACCACAGUGCGACGCUAAACUGUCUCUUAAUGUCGUCCACUCCCAUGAGCUAUUAAUUAAAUCAGUUAUAGAAAGUUUGGCUCAACUGAAUUCACUCUUAAUUUUGGCACGACCAUCAAACAGUUAUGACAGAUGGACGGUGAAUAAUUCAAUAAAUAAAUAAAAAAUGUAUAUGAAAACA